GGGGAAUUUCGGUGUCAUAAUCAAAAGAUUUGGUAUACUAGAAAUUUAAAAUGGAUUGUUUCGAACGAAUGGAAACAUGGAGAACAGGAGGUGUGAAGGAACAGCUGGUGAUUCAGUGAUGGUGGUUACAGACAACUAAUGAAUUGUAGGAAUUGAAACACAGACAGAAUGGAGGAUGAAGAUGAUCACACUUACAUCAAUGAUCCCGAGAGAGCUUUGCAGUCUCUGUGGAAGUGUGAAACAUGCACUUUCCUUAAUGAAGGAACAGAGUCUGACUGUUUUGUUUGUGAGAAACCAAGGCAGUCCCCUCCGUCAGAGUCCUCUCCCACUCAGGCUUCAUUGUCAGCGUCGUCAGAGAAUUAUAACUCUACCUCAGUGAAGAAACCAAACCCUUCAAAGAGAAGCGUGAGCAGUACUAGCCAGCGUAUCACUGAGAUAGAUAACAGUUUGGGGGAUUGGGUGAAGGUUGAUGGGGAGGAUAUUCCAAGUCAAUGUCCAUGUCCUUCUCUGAGGCAGUCAACCUCCUCGCCGGCUAAGUCCCUUGAGACGGACUUGACCGUGGUCACGGACAGGGCCUGCGGUCAACCAAACUGUCCUGGAGAGUCUAGGGACAGUCCAGAUGUCAUCCGAGAUGUGAACUGUGAAAGAGAACUGUCGUCCACAGAAAGCACAGUAAGCUUUGACAAAAAAGUCAACUCUAACAGAAAAGACGAGAAAAUAUGGAACUGUUCACGAUGUCGUCUUGGAAACAUGGGAACAUUGACUCACUGUCUGAACUGUGGAACCGUGAAGGGACAGGACAAAGAUCUGAGGUCAGGGAGUAGAGCUAAAGUACAGAAGAGUUACAGUGAACGAUCGGCAGAUGACGGGAAAGUUAAACACCGUGUUCACACACAUAAGUCCGACACGCACAUGUGCAGUUCCUGUGGUGGUGUGAAGGCUCCCAAGAGCUACAGGAAGAAAUCCCCGACGAAUGUUGAGAAACACGGGUCAGACUCUUGUCUCAACAGCCCUCAAACUUUACCCGGAGACGUGUGGGUGUGUAAGAGAUGCACCCUGAAAAAUGAGGGAUCAAGAUCAAACUGUGAUGUGUGUGGAAGCCCCAGAAAAUCCAGUUCUCCAAUUGAUAUUCCUGACAAUCAGAAAUCCAAGACUGCUCACGGAAGGGAAGAGAAAAGUGAGCCUGUCCAGCGUUCAUCUAGUAGUAAUUCUGACCGGUCAUCUUGUAGCAAUGGUCGCAUCACCCCAAAAAGUACUGAUUCCAAACGCUCUGAUAGUUCAACUAGUUCCCCAGUACCAGUGAGAAGUCAAGAAAGUCCUAAGGCAGAUCAGUUUAUAGAUGAGACCAUUGAUGAAGAAUGGAAGUGUGAAAAAUGCAGAUUUCCUAAUAAUCCGUCCUCUCAGCACUUCUGCUCAAAGUGCAAAGUUCCACGACCUAAUAUCGAGAGGAGAAACUUUCCUUUUAACCCAAUUGAGGCUGUAAAACACCUGAUAAAAGGAAAUGCCAAGCCUGGACGAUCUCCAACACCCACCAGUUCAGCAGGAAAUGGAUCUCACAGUGAAAGCCCAAGCCCCAGUCCUAAACCCCAGAGCUCUGGGGGUUCGGAUCAGGAGGAAGCUGGUGGUAAAAGUGGCAAGUCGAGUCCUGAGAAUGCUGUCUCAGACUGGUGCUGCCCAAAGUGCACCCUCGUCAACAAUAAAGACAUGACCAAGUGUGCAGCAUGUAACAGUGACAAACCCCUGUCCCCAAAGCCAAAGGAGAGCCAAAUCUGGGUGUGUUCUGUAUGUACUUUAGUAAACCCCCUGGACGCGAAACUCUGUAAUGCCUGCGGUAAAAGUCGCAAAGGUAAGAGCUCCAGUCCACAUCAGCAUGCAAGUGGAGGAAAACCUCGUCAUUCCGGUCACAUGACAGUGACUGGGGCAAAGGACAGACAGACAGUUCCCAUGGAUAGCCAGGGGAGACGACUCCAGCUGGCUAAAGAUGGUUCCGGUCGCCUGUUUGCCUCUGAUUCUCAGUUCAGUUUGUUACCAUUUCCAUCGCUUCAGCGUGGUGAGAGCCUGCACAUGGACAUUGUGAGAAAGCUACUGGAGGACGAUGCUUUGGAGAAGUGGCAGUACAUUGUACGAUUCUGCAAGCGGAGUGGUGAGAGAUUCAUAGAUGACGAAUUCCCCCCGUUGGAAGCCUCACUGUCAUUUGAUGCUGCUAAUCCUGUCACAGCAGGUCCUGUCCAGUGGCUCAGACCAGAACAAAUCUCACCCGAGUCUGCCGGAGAAAGGAGUAUAGAGUGGAAAGUCUACAGAACGCCUCUACCCUCAGAUAUAUCACAGGGCAUCUUAGGCAACUGCUGGUUUCUGAGUGCACUGGCAGUGUUGGCAGAGCGACCGGAGCUCGUGGAGAACAUAAUACUGACCAAACAGUAUUGUUCUCAGGGGGCGUAUCAGGUGCGGCUGUGUAAAGACGGCGCCUGGAGAACUGUGCUUAUUGAUGAUCUCUUUCCUUGUGAUCUCAAUGGCAAACUUGUCUUCUCAAAGGCACACAGGAAGCAGUUGUGGGUACCAUUGAUAGAGAAGGCCCUGGCCAAGUUACAUGGUUCCUAUGAAUCCCUGAUCGCUGGGAAGUCUAUAGAAGGUCUGUCCACCUUGACAGGUGCCCCCUGUGAGAGUAUCCAGUUGCAGGCCUACACCCAGCGGGAUGAGGAGAUUGACCCUGAGCUAAUUUGGGCAAGGCUUCUCAGUUGUAGAGAAUUUGGGUUCCUGAUGGGAGCAUCUUGUGGGGGAGGGAACAUGGUAAUCAACAAGAUAGAGUAUGAGAACCUGGGUCUGCGUCCUCGUCACGCCUACUCUAUCCUGGAUGUGAAGAGUGUGGAGGGCUACAGACUGGUACGUUUACGUAACCCUUGGGGUCAGUUCUCCUGGCAGGGUGACUGGUCUGAUCUCUCCGCCCACUGGAAUAAGGUCAGUCCUGCUGCGCGUGAGGAGAUGAUGUUACACGGGGAUAGCGAGGGUAUCUUCUGGAUGGCUUUUGAGGACAUGCUCAAGUAUUUUGAUUCCAUAGAUGUGUGUAAGAUAAGGCAGGACUGGAAUGAGUCAAGAAUUCAUGGGACAUUCCCAAACAAUGCUGGGGAACCCAUCAGUGUGGUCAUGCUAACUGUCUACAUUCCUGUUGAGGUGGAAGUUGGACUCUUCCAAGAGGGGUUCAGGGAGAAGGACAGUAGCGCUGUGGACCUGUGCAUCCUUGUGUUACGUGCUACUAACCAUGAGAACCAGUCUGUGGGGCGCCUGAUCGCCCACAGCAGGAGACAAGUCCGUAGCUUCAUCUGGUGCAGCAUGCUCUUAGAGCCUGGCCAGUAUAUUGUGUUGGGUACAGCCUUCAACCAUUGGCAGACCGGGACCCGUCAGCAUGACUAUGUUCUAUCAGUACACAGCCCUAAGGCGGUGAUGGUAGAGCAGCUGUCAGCUGGGAACAGUCGCACAUUCCAGUACGUCCUGGCUGAUGCCAUUAUCCAGCUGACCAUGGCCAAGGGUACACGCCAUGAGGGUCGGCAGGGCAUGACAGCAUAUUACCUGACACAUGGGUGGGCAGGGCUUGUAGUUGUUGUGGAGAACCGACGUCCCGAUAACGGCCUUCAGUUUCGUUGUGAUUGUUCAGACAGCUUUAAUGUCACAUCAACACGGAAAGAUUUUGUGACAGCUGAUUAUGUCCCCCCAUUACACAGACAAGUCCUGGUGGUCCUCUCCCACCUGGAGGGUACAGAUGGGUAUGCCAUAUCGCACCGUCUCCUCCACCGCCCCUCCUCCACAAAUGACGUCGGGGACUGGGGCCCGUCAGGUGUAUGUCAUUACCCGCCCCUGACGGAGGAGGUGGCAGGACUACACAUGCCGAGACCUUUAUGAUGAUGAUGACAGUGUAGUAGUAAGGGAGGGUGUAACCCUACAGAGUGUAACAUCACCAUCUUAAGGAUGUAGUCGUAUUUUGACUUGACUUGACCAUGAAAUGGUAUACAGUGUACCCCUAUAUGUUGAAGGAAUAUUAUACUAGUAUUAGAUGUUGUCAAUUUUAUUAUGUAUAUCAUAUUUGUUCCAUGUAAAUCUGGAUUUGUUUAUUAUGUUGUGCAAAGUUUUAUCUCCCUCCAUGACAUGUAUGUAAUACAUAUGAAUUGUUGUCAUGUUCUGUGUUCUCACAUUAUUUGACCGUGCAUUUGAAUUUAAAGGAAUCUCAACAGUGCUAUAAAGCAUAUAUGUGUGCUGUUGAAAUGCUGCAUCCACGUCACUUCACUAGACACCAAUCUUUAUACUCUUACACGUCCCAUGGAAUGACAUGGAGAUUUUCUUGUGUUCAGGGGCCACUUUUGUUUAGAUUUGAGUCAUCAUUGCCACGACAACCAGCAGUGUUGAAAUUAUGCCCUGCAGUGCUAUGUUGUUAAUCUGCGGAAAAUAUAAUUUCAUUUUUAAAUAAAAUGCUUAUUUUUUGUGAAAUUGCUUUAUGUUUAAAAGCUUUUGGUCAAUCAGGAACUAGUUUGAGUGUAUUCUGAUUUCAUUCCAGAUGGAAGAUUUGAAUUCCAGACCAGAUCAGAUAUGCAUGUCACAUGUACACAUCUUUUCUCACAUGGUCCAUGGCAAAUUCAAAAGU